CUUGCCACGUUGCAAGAGCCAUGCUGACUAUCCUUGCCUAUAUGCUCGUAUAAAAUAAAGGAGCCUCAGGCUGUCUGAUCCAAAACCAACUGCGUGGUCAAUUUUAACAACAAUUUAGGGGCUUGCCCGGGAUCCACAGAUGACUUCCCCAGACCGGAGGACCACGGGCUGUCUCCCAUCAAACCCAGAGCCCAUCUGAAAGUACGACGUCUGUGCUGCCUCCGCUGAGCCCUGAGGAAAAGAAGGGGAUAUUGUGACUGCAACUCUUCCGAGAAUGCUGUUCCUAAUCGUCUCUCUGGUACUUGGUGGCAUGGUCUUCCUGGCCGGAGUGUCGUUGAACAGCUACAUCUUCUUUGUUGCUGGAUGCCGUGUGGGAAGGACGACCAGCGCCCUGUGGUUCCUGAACCAGGCCAUAGCCAAUUUAAUCUUCUUCAUCUUCCUGCCCUUCAGAUGCAUCUCCAUCGUCAUCCCGGACUUAGAGUGGGCCGAGAGGCUGAGCAGCACCAUCACCUCCCUACACAUGUUCUCCAGCGCCUUCUUCCUCACCGCUCUCAGUGUCGAUCGCUGCAUCCUCGUGGCGCGCCCUGAGUGGGCCUGGAACCUCCGCACACACACCCUGGCUUUUGGGGCGGUUCUGGGCACAUGGGCCCUGUCACUUGGAUUCAGUUUGCGGUAUGGUGAUCACUUGGAAUCCCUGCUCUCACCUGCCAGCAUCAGCAUGAAUUUCCAACUGGAUGAAGGGCGGGUGAAGGCUGCAGUUGUGUUCCAGUUCCUGGUUGGGUUUCUGAUCCCACUAGUGUUGAUCUUGAUCCCAACCUUCUACAUCGUUCUAGCUGCCAAGCUGAGGAGGAACAGGCUGAUCCAGUCCACCAAGCCACUCAAGAUCCUUCUUGGCUUGAUCCCGACCUUUUUCCUCUCCUGGCUGCCAUAUCACGUCUUCUCCUUCCUGCUGAUCUCAGCUAAAUACCCUCUGCCUCUUCUGGACAUGGGAAGGACUUUUGCUGGGGUUCUGACAUAUUUAAGCACCUGCCUCAACCCCAUCUUCUACCUGACCAUGGAGGAAGAGUUUCUGAGGUACCAGCAACGUGCACGAAACACCCAAACCACCGACCACUCAGGGCCAGAAACAGCUGAAUAGGGGAAUGGAUGGAAUUGUGGAUAUUUCCAGGAAAAAAGAAUUAUAUUCACUAGACCCGAAACUUCCUCUUGACUUCAAAAUUGUCUUUUUCAGAAAGUUAUUUUUUUGCCCUGACUCAAAGAAGAGCCAAUAGAAUGAUUACAGGAUUAGAAAAUCUACUUUAGAGUGAAAAGAACGAGGAGUCCUUGUGGCACCUUAGAGACUAACAAAUUUAUUUG